AUGAGUUUCAGAUCUAGAAGGAAACCUAAUGCUAAAGCAUAUUGUGUUUUAACCAGAUGUCAAAACAAAACUCAUUUCUAUGCUCGAUUUCUACCUAAAUAUAAAGUGUUUUAUGGCAAUGAAUGUGUGGAUUAUACCUAUAUACCAGCCACUCCUGAACAAGCAGAAAAAAUAAACAAAGCUUUACAACCUAACCAAGAUAAUGUUAUUGCUGAAAAAAGCAAAGUAGUUGCUAAAUUACAUAAUAAAAUGUCACCUGGAUAUACUAAUACAGUUAUUGAUGUUAAGAAAUAUACACAAGAAUUGAUGAACAAAUUCGAACAAAAGUUAAACUGUACUAAUUUUUAUAUUUCCAUGCAAUUGGGAAAAGAGAAUAAAUUGAUGAAUGAAAGAGAAAACUAG